AUGCUACUGUUUCUACUUUGUCUCUACAGCAUGGUGGCAAGAGGCGAUCUUGGUUCUCGAUCAAGCUCGCAUGCCGUCCACCACCACCACAGUAAGGAAGGAAAGAACGCAAGCGGCAUGGACUAUGGAAAUAGGUCCACCCGUAAUGCUCGUGUGAAGGUGAGGCUCCACAACCACAAUGACGACAGCCAGGACGGCCACCAUCACCACAAGGUCCACAGGUCGCAUGGGGGCAGCAUUAAGCCGCACAACCAGAAGCACGCAAAGCUGAUCCGGAACAUGAUUGGCACCCAUGAAAACGACCCAGAGAACCUGACGCACGAGGAGAAGGAUCUAGCAAACAUGGCAGCCCAUGGGAAUCUGGACGCCCUCGACAUGCUCUACAGAAAUGGAUCAAUAACCCCUGAUGUUGCAGAGUCUGUGGGGGGAUCCAUUCCCGGAGGCAUCACAGAACCCGUUGUGAUACAACCUGCCGAGUCUUCUCCCAUGGAAGUCAAUGAGGAGGCCAGGGUUGUUGACACAAUGAGUCCGCCAGACUACUCCGACCCUACUGGCGUGUACGUCUCGAACGGAGUGGCCACCGGGAGGACCAACGAGGAGCAGGCAGAGAUCAAUGUCCUGAACCGGAACGAGAACCCGAUAGAUGACGGGAUUGCAGAAGAGGCGUAUUCUUCACUGCUUUCCGUAGGACAUUCACUGCCUGUUGCAAAGGCCGUUGCAGACGAGAUUAAAGAUGCCAAUGUUAGGAAGAUGCUAAGGACGAAGAGGGCCUAUGACAUAUCUCAACCACCUGUGAAUCCGGUAUACAUCCCGCAGGCCGAGCUAGCAAGGGCUACAAAUUCCAAAGACGUUGUUUCAGACACAGACAGGCAGAUGUUCAUGAAGAAGGUGUUUGAGGAGUACAUUAGGCAGGGAGCACCUGUGGAGAGAGCAAACUUCGAGGCCGGCCAGGCAGGGUUCCUGAUUGACGAGUACAACGAGAAUUUGGCAAGUGGGCUGUCUCCGGAUGCUGCAUAUGAAAAGGCCAUGAGCCUGGUUGACCUCAAUUACCAGCAUGCAACCAGAGCUGCGGCGAUUGCUGGAGGAGGCCAGGUAGCAGCGCAAAAUGCUGCGGACAGGUCCCUGAUCGAGGAGACAAGUGCAAAUGAGAUGGUCAAGACACCCUCUGGGCUCCGGCCCGAGGUUUUGAAGAAGAAGGAAGAGGCAAUCAACUCGAAGAAGCUUGACCGCGCCCAGGAUCUAAGCAGCUAUCUUACCAAGCUGCACAUAGUCGAGCCUGUCAACAGGGCACACCAGAAGCUCAGCCAAGCAGCAGCACUAAAGGAUGCAGCAAGCAUGGAGGGGCUGGACAAUCCUGUUGUGCAGGAGAAGAUUCUGACGGACGUGGCGGCCUCUAGUGCAGAGGAUCUUGCAAAGGCACACGAGAACCUAGAGAAUGUCAAAACGCAGCUCAAGCCAGGCGGGCGCAAGACAAAUGCCCUCAACUUCCUGUCGAAGGUUCUCACGGAGAAGGCCAUCAAGGAUGUCAACCAAAGGAAUGAGGAGAUGCAGAAGGAGGCAGUGAAGGCCCAGAAGGAGGCCAACGAGAACAGUGCUGUAAAGUCAGCGGAGGAGCAUCUUGCAAAGGCGGCGGAGCAGCAGAUCAUCAACAACGAGGGAAAGAGUGUGUUUUCGAAGGUUCUUGAAAGCACCGGAGACAUAUCCGAGGCGGCAAAGGCCCGGGAGGAGGCAGAGAGGGCAAUGGCAGAAACGCUGAGACACCAAAGAGAGGCUAGGAAGGCUGAGGUGAUGAAAAUGCUGGGGCCCAUGGGAAUGAACUCUUCCGUCAAGGAAGCUGUCGAGCACAUGGCAACUGCUCACGCCGGACUCAAUGUUGUUGGGUCUGACCUCAACGAGCUGAACAAGAAGUAUGAGGAGGAGGUAGCUCAUCAAUCGAACAUUGAGGAGCUGCUAAGGGAAACUGCAACAUCGAAUCUUGAAGUCAAGGAGGUUAUUCCACCAACGACCAGCAGAGUCGGGAUUUCCGAGGGGAAGAUAAAGCUUCCUUUGAAGGGAUUCAGUAACGAAGAACCAAAGACCGAGGAGGAAACCAUUGUUCAGAGCAGGCAAAGGAAUAGGAGAAACCAAGUGAGGAACAAGGUUAUUGGAACGCCUGUUGAGAGUGGGCUGAACGUGGUUGAGAUGGAGGAUGGAUACAUGCAUAUUUCCGAGGCUGCAAAGGCGCUGAAGAUCAACAAAGGAAAGGUCUUCUAUCCCGAGAGUGCAAAGGGGAUUAUGGAGAAGCAGAAGCUCGACACCUCGCUACUUGAGCACAAGUUCAAUACUGGGGAAAGAGCAGGCCUUGACAAGGGUGUCGGAUACUACGAGGCCGAUGCCAGUGGAUUUACCCUCCCUCUUCCCUCGCCUCUGAACCCUGUUCCCACAUCGACGAUGACCAAUGAAGAGAAAAGUCUGAACAUCGGACAUGCCUUCGAGCUCGAGAUUGAGGAUGGAGAGCUUAUACAGACGCCGUGGAUCGAGUUUGUGAAGGACAUGCGGCCGAUGGUGAAUGGAAGGAUGGCCCACGAGGCUGAGGUGGCAGCGGCCUCUGAGAUGAAGUCUAGGGUUGAGGAAGAGAAGAAGGCUAAGAAUCUGGAGGGAAUCACCACGGAGGUGUACACAAAUCCUGACGGAAGCAAGUUUGUAGAGGUUUCUUCGCCUUAUGGGGUUCCCGAGAUCAUGACGAUGGACCAAGCGGUUGAGAGUCUGAAAAGCGUUGGAUCCUCGAGUGUCGGAGCGGUGAGUGAGGAGGCUAAGAAGCAAACACCGGAAGUUCCGCUGGACAUGGCAGUGACCAAUUCUGUAAAGGGUUCUGAAGAGAGCUUCGUAAGCAGCGUUCUCUCGACGAUCCAGAAGAUAGGGAAUGGGAAGGCACUGGCUAAAAGGAAUGCAUUCAACGGAAAGGUUGACGGGGAAAAGGCGGCCAUCGUUGACGAGUACAAUAAGGAGCUGAUCAACGAGCACCUGUCUCCCUCCAGCACUGUCGAGGCCCGGGUCAGAAACAGCAUCAUAAGCAAGGCGGAGAGUUAUGCUAGAAGCAUGGGGAUCUCUACACAGUCGUUCCUCAACAUGAUUUCCCAGCUCCCAGACAGUAGCAUCAAGGAGAUGAUAAGCUACAACGAGGCACCGCCUAGUGCCCGUAAGGAUGUCGCGGAAACACACUUCUAUAACCAGAUAGCAAGCAUUUUACCUGACAGCAAGACGGCCAACACCGGAUCGGUCACCGAGAUGAUAUUCAACAACAUAUCGACGGUGACCCACGAACCCAACACGGUUGGUGGGGAGAUACUAGAGCAGAUGACUGUUCCCAACCUGAAGACUAUUGAGCAAGUCGAAACCAAGAAGACGCCCACAGGAACAACACAGGUCUCUGUAUCCGUACCAAACGAUCCUGGAAAGAUCCAGGUUCUUGGAGAGGUUAAGUUUAAGGGGAAUCCGACCACGACUCCAUCCUCUGGGAGGAGGCCGGCGUCCAACCAGGCGGUAGCACCGGCUAACGUGGUUCCGGGGCCCAUGGUUCCAAGUAGUGGACGGAAUCCACUGAAGCCUGGGGCUAGGCUACCUGCCAAUAAUGGCCCCGUCAGUAAUGCUCCUGCAGCCCGGAUCCCGGCUGGACAGCCUGACCAUACAAUGAGAGGGUUCUCCCAUUCAUUCCCAAACAACCCGCAGGCACCAGGAAUAGGAGCCACCCCGUCUCCGGCAGUGGGAUAUUCGGGAAAGAUAGCCCGUUAG